AUGGGAAAGCUAAGCCCCGUGGGGCCGAAGCUGGGACACUACUACGGCGCGCAGAGGGAGGCCGCGCGACCGCAGCUGCUCUCUCCAGGCGCUUAUCAGGCCUCGUCGCCUCUCCCGUCGUUGCGAUGCUGCCACGCAAGCCAUGCUUCUUCUGCGCUUCCCAUCCCGCCGCGGACCACGUCAGCGACGGCGGCGGCUAAUCAGGGCGAUCCACGUGGCAGCGGGCGCAAGAAACUGCGCCCGUGUCUCUCCGCCCCGCCCCUGUACAUAUCGUCCUAUUUCUAUAAAAACGUCGUAGCGCCUCUGCGCUCCGCCCGUUCCCCCUCCGCCCGCUCUGCCGGUUCCCCGCACUCUCCCGGACCUCCCCCUUUCCGCCGCGCCUCCUCCUCCUGCUCGUCCGCUUCUUCCGCCAACCGCAAGCAGGGGUAUUCUUCCCGCUUGCCCCCCCUACUCCCCGCCUCCCCGCGACAUCCUUCCGCCUCUUCCCCGCCCUCCUCCCCGUUUCUCUCCCGCUCCCCCUCCUUCCUCCCCAGAUCGUCGUCUCUCUCCUCCGCUUCUUCCUGCCCCUCUCCCCACUCCCUCUCCUCCCCCUCCUCUCUCCCCCCCUCCCCCGCGCUCGCAUCCCCGCUUUCUACCCGUCCGCGGACGUCGUCCGGCAAGACGGCCGGCGGAACAACCGGCGCCGGCAAAGUGGAAGCGCGCGCCCUGCGCUCAGGACUCCCGGCGGCUAGCCGGCGGUCGCGCCGGCAACCGGCUGACGACGAGGAGGAAUAUUUUUAUUUCCUGCCCGAUAUUGAGGACGAUUGGGAGGAGGAAGAGGCGGUGCAGAGGCACCGGCGGGAGGGGCAGCGGUGGCGGGGGGACAUCGGCGGGGAGGCGCAGGGGAAGCGCGCGGACGCGGAGCGGGGGGAGCUGGGGGGAAGCGCGGGGUACGGGAUCGGAUCUGGGUCUGGGAGUGUGUAUGAUAGCAGCGGCAAUGGCGGCGGAAUGGGCGGCGGGAUGGGCGGCGGUGUUGGCGGUGGUAUGGGCGGUGGGGAUGGGUUGAGCAGCUAUGGACAGUACCAGGAGUUACACCAACACGCGUUUCAUCAAUCGCAGGUGGCGCAGUGGAGUGUGAAGGCGUUGAGAGCGGUGAAGGACAACAUGGCGCUGUCUCUGCCGCCCGAGUCGCUCAUUCUCGUCGUCUCGUGCCUCGUGGGCGUGUUGACAGGCUCGUCCGUGGUGCUAUUUAACGAUACGGUGCACAUUAUCAGAGACACUUUGUUCCAGAACGUGCCUCACGAGGAGGGCUCCGCAUGGCUGAGGGACCAACCGGUGGGCGACGUGUGGCACCUCUUCCUCGUGCCUCUGGCGGGCGGCAUUGCCGUUGGCAUCCUCAACUCGCUCAGAUCGGGACUCAAGGAUACCGCUCCCACCCGCACGCAGCAGCAGCAGCGCCAGCGACAGCAGCAAGAGGAGGAGGGAGCAGGGCAGCAAAAAAUGUCACCCAAGCAACGAGCCUUCUCCCUGCCGUUUCUCACCCCGGACGACGUCUCCGAGCUUAACCGGAAGGCUCGGGCCGUGGCUCGGCCGGUCCUGAAAGCCCUGGCGGCAGCGGUCACGCUCGGCACAGGAAACAGCCUCGGUCCGGAAGGCCCGAGUGUGGAAAUCGGGUCCAGCAUCGGCAAGGCCACAGGGAGCAUCGUCCGGGGAAGCCGCGAGCGCACGAUCGCACUCGUAGCAGCGGGAUCCGCCGCGGGUAUUGCAUCGGGAUUCAACGCCGCGGUUGCGGGUUGCUUCUUUGCUCUGGAAUCCGUCCUUCGGUCGUCCACGCAAGGCUCCCCUGCAAGCCUCACCACGGCUAUGAUCCUCCUGUCUUCUGUGCUUGCCGCGGUGGUGUCCCAGGCUGGUUUGGGUGCAGACCCAUCAAUCCAUGUGCCGUUAUACGAGCUACGAUCGCCGGCGGAGCUGCCGCUGUAUCUGCUGCUUGGGUUGUGCUGUGGCGGGGUGUCAAUCUCGCUCACGCGCUCGGCGGCGUUCUUCUCGUCGAUGUUUGAUGGGUUGGAGGCGAAUACGAACGUGCCGCCUGUGCUGCUGCCGGCGAUCGGAGGGCUGGGCAUUGGGGUGAUCUCGCUGGUGUAUCCCGAGGUGCUCUACUGGGGGUUCCAAAACGUGAAUGAUCUCAUCACGUCACACCCACUCGUGGCUUCCCCUGCGCCGGGGUUCCUGCUGCAACUGGUGGUAGUCAAGGUACUCGCCACGGCCUUCUGUCGCGGAUCUCGCCUCGUGGGUGGCUUCUAUGCGCCCUCGCUCUUCAUCGGGGCGGCGCUCGGGGCGGCGUACGGGCGGCUGGCCAGUGACGUGCUGGCGUUCAUUGACCCUGACCUGACGCUGACGUGGAUCCAAGUGGCCGCACCCCAGGCCUAUGCCAUGGUGGGAAUGGCAGCCACUCUAGCAGGAGUGUGCCAAGUUCCCCUGACCUCCGUCCUCCUCCUAUUCGAGCUCACACGUGACUACCGCAUCAUCCUGCCGCUCAUGGCAGCAGUCGGCAUCUCCUCCUGGCUCGCCUCCACUGCCGCCAGAAAGCCCCGCCGGCCGCAACCGGGCGGCGUUACCGUCUUUGCUCCCUCCAACCCCCCCUCCUCCUCCUCCUCUUCAUUCCCUUCCUCCCCUCCUUACUCCUCUUCCUCCUCUCCUUCCGCAUCCUCCUACCCAUAUCCGACUUCGUAUUAUCCCAGUCCUCUCUCCCCAUCGCUCAUGCCGGUUCUUCCCCCAUCGCCCGUGCCCCCCUCGCCGCUGCUCUACUCUGGGGCAGGCUCCUAUUCUCCUGGCGCUCCUGCUGCUGAAGCCGCUCCUGAUGCUGCUGCUGCUGCUGCUGUUACUCGUCCUCCCUACAUGGCUUCUCAGGCCCCUGCUGCUCCCCUUCCUUCAUACGCGCCGUCUCAGUUCCCUGGCCCUUAUCCUGGGGCGCUCUUUACGGGGGAUAUUUAUUCUGGGUCAGGGUCUUGGGUGGGUGGAGGGGGAGGAGGGGAGGGGAUGAGAAGGGAGGCUAGAGGGGAGGAGGUAGGAGGGAGAGAAUGGGAUGGUGGUGGUGCUGGUGAGGGUGGUGGAGGGAAGGGGGCUGAAGAUUAUAGCAAGACUCCACCUGCUACUGCUGCUUCUGCUGCUGCUGCUGCAGCAGCAGCAGCAGCAGCAGCGGCAUCGUUUUCCUCUCCCCCAGGGUACACGGCUCCUGCUUCUGCUGCCUAUGGUCCACCUGUUUCUGGUCCUGGCGCCUAUGCUGCAUCCCACUCUUCUUCCUACGAAUCACCCAUCUCCUCUGCACGCUCCUCCCCUUUCGCCUCGCCUUCCUCCUCCCCUCCUUCCUCUCCUAAACGUGCUACCCUCUCCAGAACCCCUUCCUCUGGACCCAAGGUUGCAAGUGCAGCAGCAGCGGCCGCAACAGCAGCGGCAGCAGCGGCAACUGCAGCAGCAGCGGCAGCAGCAGCCGCCUCUAGUGCCCAGGAGAAGGCGUAUGAUAAUCCCGAGGCUUCGGCAUACAUGCCGGAGCUAGAUCUAGCUGCGGAAGUGGCUGCCGAAGCUGCAGGCGUGGCCGCCGAAGCUGCAGCCACGGCUGCCGAAGCUGCGGUGGAAGCAGCAGCGGAAGCAGCCGAAGCUGAUAAUGCUGGUCUUUCAACAACCGAUGGUAAUCCUGCCCUUCCUCCAACUGCUGCUGCUGCUCCUCCUGCCAAUCCGCUCAUGCCAGCUGUCAUACUAGACGUGGCAGGUGGGUCGGGAGGAGGGGUUUCGUCAGGUGGUUUUUCAGGUGGUUCAGCAGCAGCCAUGGCAGAGUCAAAUGCGACUGUGAUAGUACUCGAGAGAGCAAGCGGUUUGGUACCCGACCCCCUACCCUCUCCUCCCCUUCCUCCUCCUGCAACCUCCUCUCCCCUGUCUGUUAGUGGUCAAGGUACAGAAGCCGAGGAAGCUCAGGCUGAUGCGGCCGCAGCAGGAGUGGCAGCGGCAGCAGCGGUGGCAGCAGCGGCAGCAGUUUCAGUGGUCGUGGAUGCAGCUUCGGGGUCAGCAGAAGCAUCAGCAACAGCAGCUGCAGCAGCAGCAGCAGUAGCCGCAGCAGCAGUGAGCGGUGUGAUGGGAAUCGCACCUGCUAAAGCAGCAGGUGAUAGUUCAUCAGAAGCAGGAUCCACUGAAGUGGGUGCUAGCUCUAUUCAAACGCAAGAAGCAGCAGCAAUGGCAGCAGCUGAAGUACAAACAGACUCUAGAUCUGAGGGCCCAGAGGGAAGCAACUACGGGCUCUCACAAGAGACCCCAUCUGCUGGUUUCUCCUCUCCUUCUAUCGACCUCCCAACCGCAGACCUCCCUCCUCUUCGAAUCCCUUCCCCCACCAACCCCCAGCCAGGCUUCAUGACGCCUUCCCAGCCCAGCUCUCCUCCUCCUGCUCCACCCUCGUCUCCGUCGUUCGCACCCCUCCCCCCGCCGCCUCCCCUUGUUGUCGUCUCGCGCGACGACGGCGUGUCACUGGACGUGCGCGACGGAGUGUUCUUAGAGGAGCAGCUUUUAGAGGAGUUGCCAGUGGCAGUGGCAAUGAAUACCUCCUUUGCAGCAGUGGGAGUACGAGCCAUGGUGCGGGACGCUGUGGCAUCUAUGGUGGCGCACAGGCAGUGGUGCUGCUUGGUGCUGCAGGACGGGGGUUAUCUGCAUGGACUGCUGACGCUGGUGGAUGUACAGGAGGAGGCGGAGAGGCAGCUUACUGCUGGGGGUGCUGCUGCUGACGUGGAGUCUCUUCCUGUUAUCGCCAUCUGUCACCAGCAUCCUGACUCAGACGCUUUCCUCCUCUUGCCUUCAGAAUCAAAUCAAGAUGCCAAUGGCAACCCCUCGUCCUCUUCCUCGUCUGGCAUUGCCGCCCGGAGCCGGCCAUCCGAGGCCAUCGAGGUGACUUUUCCGGAUACCACUCUGCGGGCGGCACGCGACCGCAUGACGGCUCGCGGGCUUCGCCUGUUCAGCUUCUUCCAUACCAUCCACCUCCCCUCCGCCUCCACGUGCCUCCAGUUCUCCGUCAUUGCACUCACCCGUCUCUCUCCUGUCAUUUCCUCGUACCCCCUCUCCUUCCCUUCCAGGGCGGAGGCCACUCGUCGCCUGCUCUCAGCCCUCCCUCGAGAUUUCCGUUCCUCUGGUGGGGGAGGCAGUGGGAGUGCUGGCAUGCAGCAGACACAGUUGGACAGCUCUCUCUUCCCAGCUGCCUGA